AAAGGACAAAAGAUUAAGCUUCCCUCAUCAGUCUCUUCCACGCACGAGACCAGAAUCCCUUCCCCGUUCACGCCACUGCUUCUCCCAGCACCACCGGUGACGGACGACGGGUGCCGAACGUCGACGGACGACUUCUCUCCUCUCUGGCUUUUUUCCGAUGUGGUUCAAAUCCGGCGAGGUAGCUCUUCUCUCGCCCUUUUUCGGUGCUUUCCGGCGAGGUCCCAUUCUCUUCGGGUUUCCGUUCAGGUAAGGUGCCCUUUUCGACGCGGUUUCUGUUUUCGCCCUUUUUCUGGGUAUCUAUUGUGUGUUUUUGCCUUUUUGGCUUUUCACAUUUCUAUUGUAAGGUGCCUGUGAGAUGAUACUGUGCUUUUAGCUUUCCCCCCCUGUUUUUUGGGUUUCUAUUGGGGUGAUAUAGUGUGUUUUCGUCCUUUACCCUGUUUUUGCGUUUCUUUCAGUCACUUUCUUUUUAAGAUUAGUGAUAAACAUUAGGUAAAAUUUUAUAAUAGAAAUCUGCAUUAUAUUUUUUAUUAACGUAUCAAAGACGUAUCGCAUCCUUAAUUUCAAAAAAUUCGCCGGAUCCGUGUUGUGCCUUACCCGUGCUGUAUCCCGUAUCUAGGCUUCAUAGCUUACUAUGCUUGAUUGCUUGGCCCAGAACACCAAAUCGAAUCCUAAAGCCCAUGCAUGACACUAACACAAUACUCAAUAGCAAUACCCUUUGAACUUAGAAGCAGUUCACACAUUUCAAAAUAGAAGAGGGAAGAACCCUUUUGGGUUGAGGGUAUGGUUCCCCAACUGAAUUUUGUUUCUUGGACACUCCCUUUGAUUUUCCCUAAAAGUUAUCUAUGAUCAACUACUAAUUUUUGUCAUAAAAGUCUAGGUUUCUCUUUUCUGUUGUGCAUUUUGAAUAUCCAGCGACUUCCAUCUCAUUUAAUUGUUUGGAUGCUUUAUUAUGAACUGAUUGGUCUCGUCUUUUUUCUGUCAUAUGUUCUGUCUCAGUUUCAUCACUGGUUAUUUUGGGUACCCGGUUUCAUUCAGUAAGACUGAUGAUUUGGGACGUAUCAAAGAUAAUUGUGUAAAACAUGAGGGAGGAAGUAUCAAUAAGAUUGAACGCCCAGUCAGUAAUUCAAUAAAUUAUUUAUGCAAAAAGUUGCGUCAUUUUCUGUUGGGAACCCAAAAAUUCUAUUAACUAAAAUAGGAGAUAAUCUCUCCUCCAAAAGGUUCCCCCUUUUGCAACAGUCACUGCUCUGUCCCCACAAGGUUUACUAAUCUGUAUGGCCUGGCCCAUAACAUCUUAUUAAUCUUUUUUUUUUUUUAUUUCAGAUUUAUUAUACUUUUCUUACAAGGUGUGUGUGGUUUACAUUUGUGUUAAAGCUUGAUCCAGGGCAGUUUGAUAAUGUUUAAGCUUUGAUACUUGAUGCAAAGUUGCUGUUGCACUAUCUAGGAAAUCAUUUGGCUGGCAUGGACAUAGCACAUUGCUAUUUAAAGGGUAAUGCUGAUUCUGUGGAGUUUUGUCCACAUGAUUCCUACCAGAAUGUUUUAGCGGUAUCCACUUACACAUUACAAGAAAGUUGUCAGCCCAGUUGACAUGGAAGCAUUUCACUCUUCAGUGUUGAUGUGGACACAGGUCACCUUGACAUGGUUUUUAGUGAGGAAACUGCUGGGAUUUUUGACAUAAAAUGGAGUCCAGCUGGAGGGCAUGCAAGUCCUUUUCUAGCUCAAGCAGAUGCUGAUGGAUACUUGAGGAUUAAAAUACUGGGGGGUUGCUGUAAUGGAGUGGAAGGGGCUAAUCUAAAGGAGAUCACAAAUGGAAAAAUCAGUAACUCUAUGUGCCUGUACCUGGAUUGGAAUCCUUCAGCUACAUCCAUCACAGUAGGGCUUUCUGACGGCUCUGUGUCGAUUGUUUCUCUUCUUGAAUCCAAGCUAGAAAUACAAGAUGAGUGGAAGGCACAUGAUUUUGAACUUUGGACAACCUCCUUUGACAUCCACCAACCAAAUUUGGUAUACACCGGCUCUGAUGAUUGUAAAUUCAGUUGCUGGGAUUUGCGAGAUAAACCUCCCAAUGUGGUAUUUCAGAGCUCUGAAGUCCACAAAAUGGGUGUUUGUUGCAUUGAGAAGAGUCCACAUGACCCAAAUACCUUGUUAACUGGCAGCUAUGAUGAAUACCUAAGGGUAUGGGAUUUAAGAUCAAUGUCAAAACCCCUUAAUAAGACUUCAAUUAACUUGGGGGGAGGAGUUUGGAGGGUUAAGCACCACCCCUUCAUUCCAGGUUUGGUUUUGGCUGCUUGUAUGCACAAUGGUUUUGCUAUUGUCGCCAUUAAAGGCAACAAUGCUGAAGUGUCGGAAACUUACAAGAAGCAUGAUUCUCUUGCCUAUGGAGCAGACUGGCAGAAAGGAGAAGCAAAUCACAUAGGUGGGAAUACCAAACCUCUAGUGGCUACUUGCUCAUUCUAUGACAAACUUGUUCGGGUGUGGAGGCCAGGAAAUGAUAUUGUCUUGUAGAAUGUAGAUUGAUGCUUAACGUUAUAGCCCACUUGGAAAUGUGAUACAUAGUUGUUUAUUUAUUGAAUCAUGGUUGAAUUAUAUGACACGGCUUGAAGGAUGAUCAAACGUGUCACUCUUUCAUAAUCGUUUUUACUCACUCAUUCACGGCUUGAAGGAUGAG